UCGACAUUAUUCUUUUCAUUUCCGGUUGCCUCUCGUUUAACAAUUUCACAAUAUUUUCUACGUGAUUGACGCGUAAUUUGUUCACAACUUAGAGUGAGAAGAAAACACAUAAGCUGUUAAUUUCAGACCAGUCUAAAGGUUUGAAUUAUGCCGAAAAAUAAGGGUAAGGGAGGUAAAAACAGGCGUAGGGGUAAGAAUGAAAAUGAAAAGGAAAAACGAGAGUUGGUCUUCAAAGAAGAUGGCCAAGAGUACGCCCAGGUCACCAAAAUGCUUGGAAAUGGAAGGUUGGAAGCAAUGUGCUUUGAUGGACAAAAGCGGCUGUGUCACAUACGAGGAAAAUUGAGGAAAAAGGUGUGGAUUAAUUCUGGAGACAUAAUCCUUCUUGGACUGAGAGAUUACCAGGACACGAAAGCCGAUGUGAUAUUGAAAUAUACACCAGAUGAGGCUCGAAAUCUGAAAACAUACGGAGAACUUCCAGAAUCAGCGAGAAUUAAUGAGAAUGUGGAGGAGGGAGAUAUGGACGGCGACAUGAUCACAUUCGAUGAUUAUGACGGAUCAGACGAUGACAUUGAUGACAUAUGAGUCAUGCAGUGUCUUGUGCUUUUGUAGAGACUUUUCAAUUAAUUCGUGCACAAGUAACUCAUUGGGUUGACAAAUGGAGACCAUCAUCUUUAUACUGCAGACAGCAAAAGGAUUUCAUAAUAUGAUAGCUUAUACAGUGAAAACAACAACCUGAAACGGGAUUAUGCUGUGUUAUUCCAUUCAUAAUAGCAAAUGAUUGAAAAAGAAACUUGUUUUAAGUUCAAGAUUGAAGAUUGGUGUCAUUUAUCACAAUAUACAAGAACAUUCAAACUUUGAAAAAAAGUGCAAGUUGUGCUUGAAAAUGAACAUUAUGCAUGUUUUAUUAU